UUGCUUGAACUGAGUUGAAGGCUUGAAGCCAGUGAUGAGAGUGGGUGCUCUAGUCACAUGUUUCAUGCCUGCCACCUCUUUUUGUUUUGUCCUCGUAAAAUGGCCCUUGCCUAGGGCGGAGCAUCGGGGGUUAGUGACUCAAACGAAUAAAUAAACCGUAAAUGAAAAUGGAGUCUGUAAUAAACUCUACCAUCCUCUCACUCGCUGGCUUCCCAAAAUCCAACCCAUCAAUCCACCACCAAAAAACCGUCAAAGCUCGACGAACAGUUUGCUGCUCCCUCAGCAGCAGCAGCAGCAAGAAUAGUAACAAUGGAGGAGACGCUGAUGGCUUACUUAAAGAAGAGGAGGAAGAGAAAUAUAAUGACAUUUGGCUGCUUUUUAAAGAAGCUCAGCAGAAUAUUCUUUACUUAAACAAACUACGCCUUGUGGCUGUUGAAGAGCUCAAUAAAGCAAACAGAGAGAAGCAGUUGUUGCUUGAUAAAAUCCAGCAAUUGGAGGCUGUCAACAAAUUAGGAAAUGAGCAAUCAUUGUGGCGGGAAUUGCUGCUUCGGAUUGACUCAAUGGUCCUAACUGGCUUGAUUGAUUCUGCUGAGGCUUCUGGUAUGAGAAAAGCAGUCAUGGGUAACAAGUUUAGUGUAGCUCUUGUUUUCUUCGACAUCCGGCAGAAAACUGAUGCUGAGCUUCUGGCACAACUCCGUCACUUCUCCGUUGGAAGCAGAAAGAAUGGUUUUCACAUAAUCCAAAUUUGCACUGAAAUGGAACCACUGGUAUCGGUUGGAUCCUUGUCAUCAUAUGUGACAGGCUUAUCAAAGGCACUGCAGAAAAAAGGACACAUAGUGGAGGUUAUUUUGCCAAAGUAUGCAUGUCUGGACCUCACUGAAAUGCAAGGACUGCGAGAAAUUGAGGCAGAGUUGUAUUCAUAUUUUAAUGGUCAAUUGCAUGGAAACAGAAUUUGGACUGGCAUUGUCCAUGGCAUUGGAGUCACUCUCAUUCAACCUUUGUAUUAUUCAUCCUUUUUUGAUCGUGAAAGGGUAUAUGGCUACUCAGAUGACUUUGAACGAUUUACGUAUUUCUCUCGUGCUUCAUUGGAUUAUAUAGCAAAAUCUGGAAAGCAGCCUGAUGUGUUGCACAUACACAAUUGGGAAACUGCUAUCGUCGGGCCACUCUUUUGGGAUAUUUUUGUUAAACAGGGGCUUGGAGGUACCAGAGUAUUGUUGACAUGCCAUGGCUUUGACUCACAAUGCCUUGAGCAACCUGAUAAGCUAGCACUAUGCGGACUUGAUCCUGCUAGACUUCACCGUCCUGACCGUUUACAAGAUCACACUAUGACACAUCUUGUCAAUAUUCUGAAGGGUGGACUUGUGUACGCAAAUAAAGUUGUUAUGGUGCAAUCUAUUUAUUCAAAAGAAAGUAUCAUUAAUAGUUUCAGUCACGGAUUAGAACCUACCUUAGCGAUUCACAAGGACAAGUUGCUUGUUUCUCCUUGUGGGUUUGAUAACUCGACCUGGGAUCCUUCAAAGGACAAAUUUCUUCCAAAAAAUUAUAGUGCAGAUGACCUAAAGGGGAAAUCCAUUUGCAAAGUUGCAUUGCAGCAGCAGCUGGGGUUAUCCAAAAAUUCAUCAACUGUUCUUGUAGGAUGCAUCUCCACAGAAUCUUUGGAUUUUGAUCUGAAUAACCAGAAGGCAGUUUGGAAUGCUACACCAAAGAGUGUCCAGUUCAUCUUCAUGGGAAGCAAAGCGACAAGUGCAGAUGGAGCACUGGAAUAUCUUAAGAAAGAACUAAAGGAUGAAACUGUGAGAUUCAUAAACAAAUAUGAUGAGGCUCUAUUGCAUCUGAUCUUUGCAGGUUCAGACAUAAUCUUGUGCCAAUCUUUUCAUGAUCCUCUACUCCAAGUGCCUCUGAAAGCUUUGAAAUAUGGAGCAGCUCCGGUUGCAGUAACAUCCAAUGAGAACAAAUUCAGACAUUUUGUAGAUCGUGAACAAGAGACCACUAGAUUUUCACGGUUCAUUAGCUCUACCUUUGGAUAUUUGUCUUUGAGCCAGGCUGUAGAUGAAAUUAAGAACAGCCCAUCAAAAUGGAAGCAGAAGAUAGUAGAUGCCAUGGCUAAGGACUUCUCAUGGAAUGCAGAGUGCUGUGACGUUCAUGUUUCUGCAUACACGGCCCUAAAAAGCUUGUGAAGUUAGUUGUACUUCUGUAAGUACACUUCUAACGCCCACCCGCAUUUAGGUAAUGAUUUGGAGGAAAGCAAUAUCAGCUUUGGUAGAACGUUAUGUGUUGAGGCUUGAGUAUCAAGGGGGCUCAGAUCAUCACCUGCAUAGCAUUCACACAUCUUCAUGUCCAUUGAUGGCAGUUUUGUAUGUAUACUACUGUGAAUAUGAAUAAUCUCCUAUACCUAUAAUUUCCUCGAAACAAAUCAAAUUUAUGCAAACAAACCCCAAAAAAGCUUAAUCUAAGAAAUGAAUUUUUAAUUAA